CAUGAUGUGUUUCGGCUCUGCAGUGGGAGCAAGUCUGUCUCGGUUUAUGACUCCCCCCCCCCCUCCCCCCUCCCGAUGAUUUCCGGUCAUACUGUACCAAUAAAAAUAAGAUACAAAUAAAAUGACACUCAUUUAAUUAAAGCAAAGUACAAAUUAAAAUGAGAUAAAAAAUGUCCAUAGGCUACAUAUAACCCCGUAUCUAGUUUAUGGAGCAUUACUGACACUACGUGUGUCAUUUAAGUUCUGUAUCUUAUUUUAGUUUUUGCUAUAGUUCUUUUAUUUUGUUUGACUCAUGUACCCGAAAAAACCCCAAAACAUCCUUUUUGUUUUAUUUAUAUUUUAAAAUGUAACUCGUAAAAAAAAACAACGAUGCUAGAUAGACUAGAUAAUAACCCAUUUAUAGUUUAUUAAGCAAAACCAUCUUUUCAGCAUUUUCAGUAGUUUGUCCUUUUUCUGGUUUACACUAAAACCGGUGGACGUUAUAACAUUGGCUUGUUUUGCCACAUCUUCACUGAUUGUUAUGAUGCUUUGCCAUGUUGUUAUUUUUUAAACAACAUUCAAUUGGAAUAAAUUGAAUUAUACUUAUAAUAUAAUUUUCUUUCCCCCUAUAAAAGGAAAUCUGCCCACAGGUCAGACAUGCUGGUGCGCAGAUUUAUUGUAUCCAGCGUCUGGCCAGAGUCAGGCUGCCGGCUCUAGUUUAUAUUUAAGAUAUGAGCGCGGUAUCGAUCUUCUCAUAAAACCCUCAAAUAACUUAUUUCCCCAAAUGUCAAACUAUUUUUUUUAACUGUCUGAUAUUUAACUUGCUGCACCCUGAACAGCAACGGGGGCUCGAGUGUUUGAAUUAGUAUCGAGCAGCCUGCCUCUCUCUAUUCCCCUCCCGUUAGUGAAGGUGUUUGCUAUCCACCAGCUCCACCGGUGACUUCAGCAGAAGAAUGAGUCUAUGUUUGCUCUCCUCCAUAUUCCUCCCUCCCCUUCAGCCCGUGCCAAGAAGGCAGCAGUAAUAAGUGCUCUAUUAAAGAGCCUUUGUGCGCGGCUGAGCUCAGUUUGUGUCCGAGCCUUCCAUGCUCGCCUGCCGCGCGCUGCUCCCUCUCUUCCCCCUUCAAGGUGGUCCGAAAGCACACCUGAAAACGGCGCCAUGAACUGGGCCUUCCUCGAGGGCCUCCUCAGCGGGGUGAACAAAUACUCCACAGCGUUCGGCCGCAUCUGGCUCGCCAUCGUCUUCAUUUUCCGGCUCCUGGUCUUCCUGGUGGCCUGCGAGAAGGUCUGGGGCGACGAGCAGAAGGACUUCGACUGCAACACCCGGCAGCCCGGCUGUCACAACGUGUGCUACGACCACUACUACCCCGUCGCCUACACGCGCCUCUGGGCCCUGCAGCUGAUCUUCGUCACCUGCCCGUCCCUCCUCGUGACGCUGCACGUCUCCUACCGGGAGGAACGGGAGCGCAAACACCGGCUGAAGCACGGGGAGGACUGCCCCCCCCUGUACGACCACACGGGGAAGAAGCGGGGGGGCCUGUGGUGGACCUACUUCUUCAGUCUGCUGUUUAAGAUACUGGUGGACGGCGUGUUCGUCUUCCUGCUGUUCUACAUCUACGAAGCCACGUUCUUCCCGCCGCUGGUGAAGUGCAACGAGGAGCCGUGUCCCAACGUGGUGGACUGCUACAUCGCCAGGCCCACGGAAAAGAAGAUCUUCACCAUCUUCAUGGUGGUGACCAGCUUUGUGUGCAUCCUCCUCACUCUCAUCGAGGUCUUCUACCUGUGCGGUAAGAGGCUCCGGGAGUGCUGCCGAGGAGGAGGUCGCCCGGCGAGAGGGAACUCCUUCAAGAUGGUCCGAACUCCUCUGAGCGGGAAGGAGAACUCGGCCUACAAGGAGCCGUUCGCGCAGAAGGAUAAGGCGGUGGACAAGGAGAGUUCGGCGCCAGCGUACAGCGUCGCCAUCUCCUGAGAGACACGUUUGACAUGUUUGUAAGAGUAUGGAACUGUGUUUGGUAGCUUCCGGGCUGUUGGCCACGUUUAUCUGCAACAUGUCAAUGUUCUUUCUACAAAUGUCGUGUCCAAUUUUCCGCCCUUUCAAAAUGACGAUCUCUAUACCAUAAUAUAUUGUUGUCUUUUUACGGCUUCUGACCCCAAAUCACUAAGAAUUAAAGGAUGUUUACAGUAAUUUGACUAUUUAUAAGAGUUAAAUGAGAUUGUUAAAUGAGAUUUUUUUUCUCAUUGAGAUGUGAGAGCUGCAGUGCGUCGCACUCGAACACAAACUCACUGUGAGUUUCACAAGUGAAGAUGAUAUUUUAUGAAAUAUCUAUCUUGUGAAACUUUGCUUUGCCACAUGUUGGUGCACGUAGAUCUUACAUGUUAGACUGAUGACUUGUAUGCAGGUUGGUCGCAUGCAGUCGUUCUCAAACUUUUGAGAACUUUUCGGGUCCCACUUUGGAGGAAGAAAAACGUUCGGGCCCCAAAAACGUAACAAAAUGGUCCUUGCUGAAUUUUUAUUGAAAUAACGACAUUUUGUGACUCCAUGUGUGCUUUUGUUAAUAAUAGUAUAAAGAAAAUGUAAGUCACUUUCAUGUAAACCAGAUUGCUCCAUCAGACAAAAACAAAUGAAAUGUGCAAUCACUUUGUUGGAACAAUGCAAAUAAAGUUGUGCAAAAAAAUAA